CGGGCGCGAGCGGCAGCUGUCAGGCCACCUAGGUCCAAGCUGCACUUGCCGCCUCGUUGAGGACGAGGAGGCGGCAGGAGCAGUGACGGUGUCGCCGAAGAGCCGGACUGCCGGCACGCAGAGCUGACCGGCCUGGCCCCCGCGGCCCUCUCCCGCCUCUCUCCCAUUGUGUUGGGUAAGGUGCCGGUGCGGGGGCAGCGAGAGUGGCUUAGCGGCCAGAGGACGCGGGAGGCCAGAAGAAUCCUAAAAAGAAAGAAUAUAGCAACAACAAGAAAAAGACUAAGAUUGUGACAAAGACCCAACUGGGUUCUCUUGGUUAUAAACUCUUCUCCAUCUGGUGCUACAACAAUGAGUGGGAAAUCCCUGCUCUUAAAGGUCAUUCUCUUGGGUGAUGGUGGAGUUGGGAAAAGCUCGCUCAUGAACCGUUAUGUAACCAAUAAAUUUGACUCCCAGGCUUUUCACACCAUAGGGGUAGAGUUCUUAAAUCGAGAUCUGGAGGUAGAUGGACGUUUUGUAACUCUCCAGAUCUGGGACACUGCAGGGCAGGAACGCUUCAAGAGCCUUAGGACACCCUUCUACAGGGGAGCAGACUGCUGCCUCUUGACUUUCAGCGUGGAUGACCGGCAGAGCUUUGAGAACCUUGGUAAUUGGCAGAAAGAAUUCAUCUACUACGCAGAUGUGAAAGACCCUGAGCACUUCCCCUUUGUAGUUCUGGGUAACAAAGUAGACAAAGAGGAUAGGCAAGUGACUACUGAGGAGGCACAGGCCUGGUGCAUGGAGAAUGGAGAUUACCCUUAUCUAGAAACAAGUGCCAAAGAUGAUACUAAUGUGACAGUGGCCUUUGAAGAAGCUGUCAGGCAGGUGUUAGCUGUAGAGGAACAGCUGGAGCAUUGCAUGUUAGGUCACACUAUUGACUUGAACAGUGGUUCCAAAGCAGGAUCUUCAUGCUGUUAAAAGUGGGAAGCCUUUUAAAAGUGUGCCCCAACUGGUCAGUGAGUAGUGUAAGAAUAACUGUGCCCCUCUAAGACUGCACACACAUACAAAAGAGUAAGAGAUAAGGUUAUGAUUGUAAAUCAGAGCCUUUCAAAUUGAAGUUGUAGAGCGAUUAAAAAAAAAAAAAAAAA